AUGAUUUUGAAUCUUCUCUCCUUCGCCCUGGUGGGCUUAUUCGCGCUGGUCGCUGCAACUCCAAUGCCUCGGGGUCUUCAACCCAGCACUCGCUCUACAGAUUCCAACGACAAGUUGGUCUUCUGUCAUUUUAUGAUGGGCAUUGUCAGCAACCGCAAAAGCGCUUCAGAUUAUAAUGACGACAUGAAACGUGCAAAGGAUCUGGGGAUCGAUGCCUUUGCGCUUAACAUUGGGGAUGAUACUUUUACAGACACGCAGCUGAGCUAUGCUUAUGAAUCCGCUGCGAACAACGACAUGAAAGUCUUUCUCUCGUUUGAUUUUAACUGGUUCAAAGUUGGAGAGGGUUCUAAAGUGGGUUCCAAGGUCAAGAAGUACGCGAACCUCCCGGGACAGCUGCAGGUGGAUGGCAAGGUGUUUGUGUCGUCGUUUACUGGUGACGGAGUCGAUGUCUCUCAGAUCAAAGCCGCUGCUGGCAUGGAUCUGUUCUUUGCUCCUAAUUUCCAUCCGGGAAGUGGGAACUUUGAUGGCGUCCAGGGUGCGCUCAACUGGAUGGCAUGGGAUAGCGAUGGCAACAAUAAGGCUCCGACAGCAGGCCAUAACGUCACUGUUGCAGACGGCGACAAGUCCUACACCGAUGCUUUGGCUGGAAAGGACUACAUUGCUCCUGCCUCUAGCUGGUUCUCCACUCAUUAUGGCAGCGAGGUUUCAUACAGCAAGAACUUUGUUUUUCCUUCUGACCUUCUGUGGUACAACCGAUGGCGACAAAUUCUGGAUCUCGCCCCUCGCUUCGUGGAAAUCAUCACCUGGAAUGACUACGGAGAAUCGCAUUAUAUUGGACCGCUGUCUUCACCGCAUAGCGAUGAUGGAGCUUCUAAAUGGGCGAUGGACAUGCCACACACUGGUUGGCUAGAGAUGUCGAAGCCUUUCAUCGCCGCAUACAAAGCUGGGGAUAAAUCGGUUGACAAGCACAUCACCGAGGAAAAGUUGGUCUACUGGUAUAGACCUACACCGAAAGAUGUGGAUUGCGACUCGACCGACACGACAAUGCAAGGAAGCCCCAGCAACGCCAGUGGGAACUUCUUCGCCGGUCGACCAGAUGGCUACGAAACAAUGAAAGACGAAGUAUUCGUUGUUUCCCUGCUUAAUUCAUCCGCCACGGUCCAAGUCAGCUCCGGUGACAAGACUCGGAAAUUCCACGCACCAGCAGGAGCCAAGGCCUUUUCGCUGCCCAUGGGCGUUGGGAAGCAGAAGUUCUCGCUCAUCCGUAACGGGAAGCCCGUCAUCUCCGAUACAAGUCUGAAAGAUGUUGUCGAUACUUGCCCUUGCGGCAUCUACAACUUCAACGCGUAUGUCGGCACGGUGCCGGCAGAGAAGACUAUCGAUCGACUACAGCCUGAUGGACUGUCGAUGCUCACCAAGGGACUUCACGCUCCUUGUCCAACGAAUACUCUGGGAUUAUCCAGCACUAGACCUGCUUAUACCCCUACGACUCCUACUCCUACUCCUUCUCGGGCAGUAUAA